CAACCGCGAAGGAUUUGAGCCUGCGAUGCAUGUAUCUCGUGACCGCAGAAUUUGAUAAAUCUCGCAGUGCAAUGAGGAAGAUCACCUUUUUCAAUGAAAUAUUUCAUUAAUCUAAUGAAUGGAUAGCCAAGAAAAGAGUGGRAGAAGUUCCAGUAAUAUUUCAACUGAAGAUAUUCUAAAAGCACUUGACUCUUAUGGAGAAAGAAGGAAAUUAUCGCCCUCGACUGUUGAUCGUAGUAAAGCCCUCAACAGAGACAGUGGUCUCUCGUGCUCUGAAAGCUGCUCAUCAUUUAUAUCUGACCCACUAUCAGUGAAUGGCGAGGGACAGUCAGUGCUUAGUGAUARYGAACACCUGUCAGACUUCACUGGUGAUAACUUCUCUGUGAUCAGUGAUCCUCURGGUGCUUACAGUGCCAGUGAUGAUGGUGAAGGGGAUAACGAUAUCCAUUUCUUUGAAACCAAACCAUGGGAUGAAAAGCAAAAUUUAGAAAGGGAAUGGAAAUUGCUUUUCACURCUGAAAACUACUUCUCUGAGCUGUCUCAACAUGCAUUGAGUGGAAAAUUAAAACAUUCCAAGUACAGGAGUAUUGCAUGGAAGUUGUUCUUGGAUUGUUUGCCUGAAGACCAAGACCAGUGGAUCACAAGAACAAAACAGUUACGCUUUGAGUACAAAACAUUCAAACAAAAGAGUCUGAUAGACCCAAGCACAUCUAAAGAAGAUGUAGAAAGUUUGCAUAUUCUUCACCCUUUGUCCCUUGAUGAAAGUAGUCCAUGGAAGCAAUUCUUCAAAGAYAACGAAUUGAAAGCAUUAAUAAAGCAAGAUUUAGACAGACUWUAUCCUGAGAUUGAAUUCUUCAAUUCUUCAAAUAUCAAAGAAACAUUGCUCAAUCUCUUGUUUUGUUAUGCAAAGAAAAAUGAAAGUUUGGGUUAUAAACAGGGUAUGCAUGAACUUCUUGCACCAAUAGUGUACGUUUUGGAUUGUGAUUCCAAGUCGCACAAGUAUGCAGAUAGCAUAAAUGAAACGAUUGGAUGUUUACUGGAUCCUAAUUACAUUGAGCAUGAUGCUUUUGCUAUGUUUUGUCAACUGAUGGAAGUAACUGAGACAUGGUACCAACACCAUAAUAUAUCAUAUGAAAAUACAACUAAUGAGUUUUUGAGUAAAUCAGAACCAUUUGCUGCACCACUAACUGCACCACCAACAGCCAUUGUGAAAAAGCUCAAUAAGAUUCAAGACCAUUUGCUGAGAAAACACGACACAGACUUGUGGUUCCAUCUCAAGGAAAUGAAUAUUGAACCUCAAGUUUAUGGUCUACGUUGGAUUCGUCUUCUGUUUAGUCGCGAGUUUCCGUUCAACGAUGUUCUUAUUAUCUGGGAUGCUUUGUUUGCUGAAGGAAGACAUUUAGAUCUUGUUGAAUAUAUUUACAUCGUCAUGCUGCAAACCAUUCGUGGCAAACUUAUGGCYAGUAACUACACRACKUGUAUGAGCUACUUAAUGAAGUUUCCUCACAUCCAUGAAGACGUCCACGUUAUCGUCAAACGUGCUAUGAAUCUACGAGGUGUCAAGAAAUCGCGGCCAUUAUCAAGAACAUUGCAACUCAGGCCCUCGGGACAAACGUCGCACAAGAAACAUAGCGAGAAAAAGACCGUCGACCGUUCAGACCUUUUUGCAGGGAAAACUCAACAGAAGAAAUCAUCACCACGCCGUCCACACACAGCUAUAGCGAACUUUACCAAACGGUACACAUCACAAUUUGUAGAGCCAAAGCUUCCUGGGCUUCCUUCGAGUAAACACGACCAGCCAGAGAAGCCUCCAACMCCWAAAGAAAUGAUAAAUAARCCGUUCAGAGAAKCAAAAUCUGAUCCAUUGUCAGCAUCAAYGACGAGAGAAAGAACAGACUCGACAGGUUCWGCUACUGGACGAACAAUGAAAUCAUUGAGUAAUGAAYUGAAAACAAAAUUAACACGACCGCGAACACGGUCACGGCAAAGCGUCGAGGAACUCGAAAAGGACCAUCAACGUCUUCAAAUCCAAGUGUCUGAAUUGAAUAGUGAAAUAGACAGAAUGCAAGGCUUGUAUUUAUACUGCGGAAGAAAGCUCGAUUCAUACAUAGGUUUGCUGCAAGAGGAAAUCAUGAGAGAUGCCGAAGCAGAUCGUGAUGUGAUUUAUCUUUCUUUAGCUGGACUUAAGCAGGUGCGUGAUCUGCUCAAGGGGACACUGUCUUACCGAGGGUCCUCGAUGGAAACUGAGAAGGAUUUCUUUGAUAUUGAUAAAGGAAUAGCAACAAGAUUACAGAUAAGUUCUCCAAAUGUUCACCCAGAGGACCCCUCAAGGGUUGACACACAAGGCAAAGACCAUCAGUCAGAAACUUCCUCUUUAUCAKUACCCGAUGAUAAUAUAAAGACUAGGAAUCCUAACAAUGAAGCACAACAAGCAGAACAUGAUCAAAAUAUUUCCAAGGAAUGCYUUCCUGAAUCUCACAGUAUAAACACUACGUUCGGCGAUGAAAUAUCCACGAAUGUCAAUAUAACGGCUUCACCUGURUUGUGUACACUCAGCAAUCUAGAUUCUUACAUUGAACAACAUUUUAGCAGUUCAAAUCAACCUUUGACCGCUGUUUCGUGUGCAACAGGUUCAACAAUGAGUUGUAGUGGUAGCUCAGAUUUAUCAAAGGAUUUUCUUCAAGAUAUUAGCAACGUCUCUACACCCGACGAAACUCUCACUAAAGACUUUGUGUUUGUCAAUCAAGACGGAACGGCAGUCAAAAGCGCCGAAGUCUCUCCGAGACUCUCKCCUACUCAUCCUUUGAUGGAAAUUGAUGAAAAUGACUCUUAAAAAGUCAUUUUUUUAAUAGGAUUGAUUGCAUUCAUUUUGAAUUCACUCUUGAUUAUUAUACGGUCGCCAUUUUGAAUUAUGAAGAAGAAGGUAAAGAUGGCAGAAUCUACUAUAGAAUGGUAUGGAAAAAAACCUUUCUCGGUGAUUUCUCAAUGUUUGCCACAUUUUAUGGUAUAAUACUGAACCUCGCAGUCUUCUCAAAACCAUAAAGUGUUGGGCAUAUACAUACUUUCUAAAUUCAAAAUAAUAGAACUCAAACAGUGUCGRCCAAACUGAUAAUAAUGUCAAUUUUUUACUCUUAAUCUUCCGAAUACCUUUGAAUAACCAACCACAAAUAUGCAGAAUAUUGUACCAUUUAAUAAGUUGUGAUUUCAAAAUGGAUCUCAUUUUGUCAGUGGUCAUACAUUUGCUUAGCUCAAUCAUGAAAGAAAAUGCUCUUCACGAAGGUGAUUUUGAAAUCCAUCGUAUGAUUUCAAACGGAAAUACUCAGUCUUCGACUAUUUAUGAAGGGGCAGAAAAGAUUUUGGAAUUUUYAUAGGAAAUGAAUAAUGUUUUAAAUUCAGAAUUAUGGUACUAGUAUACCUUGUAUAUAGUUUAUCAAAUGAAUUUAUUAGUAAAGCGGCGAGGGCUGAUGUAGCAAUAAUAAAAUCAAUCAGAAUGUAGCA